CGCCACCAGGCCAAUCACUCUCCUGGGCCAAUCUCCCCACCCCUGGGUGCACAGCAUGUGCGGUGCUCCGGGUGCCCGAGCGGCUAGCUCUGCCACUGCCUUUCCCAGCCUUGGGUCCCCAGUUGUUAUAGGACUAUACCCUCCAUAAUCCCCUGCCAGUGUGGCCAAUGUUCAAAGAUUAUGAGGGUUGUAGUCAAACUACAUCUAGGAACCCUGAGUCACGGAAUGCUGUUUUGACAGAAAAAGAGGAUAUGCAGCGGAAGUCACAAAAGUGCAAGUGAUUCAUUAGUCAAAAAGUAUGUAGCUUAUUACAUGCUUGAAAUUCAAGCUAGGUUAUCAUAGCUGUCUUCUGGUUCUGAAACCUACAGUUCCAUAUCCAUUAACAGCUUUGAACAUAAAGAGCACUCUGUAACUGAGAAGUGUUGCUACUUUAACAGCACUGUGAAAAAAGAGAGGAAAAGCUGUAGUAAAAACUCCUUGAAAAGAAUUCCAUAUGGCACCGUUUUUAGCAGCACAAGAUUAAACAGCAUCUGUGGGAUGGAGAGCCAUAAAAAGGAAUAGGCUAAAAAUAUGUUUUCAAACCUUUGCAGCCUCUUUAGGUCUGUGAUUUUUACUAACCACUUCAUUCUAACUCCUUAGCCUUUCAUGCUGUUAAAAACACUAUUGCAUUUAUUAUUGUCCCCCCCCCCCUUACUUAUAUAAGUAUAUUCUACAAGGCUUAUCUACAUCCAUGGCAGGAUUGUUCAGAAACGAGUUUAGAUUUGUAUAGAUCUGUACAUGUUAAUGCAUGUGAAGUAAAUGUUAGCAUGGCCACCGCCCAUGCUGAUGGGAGCUGUAGUUCAGGAGUUUCUGGAGAGCCACAGGCCCCUUACCCCUCGUGUAUUACAUUUGAAUAUGGAAGACACCUGCUUAGCUGUAAUGCCUAAUGCCACAGGUAUUGGUGGAUGAAUACUUCUUACCAGUUUGGUACUUUUAGAAAAUCCUUUAAACUGGUGGCUGUCUUAACAUUUUGUGGGAAUCAACUUAAUUUCUGGGGUGGUUUCAGGAGGAUUGGAAUUCUGAUUUUAUAUAAGAGCCCUUGGUGGCCUUUCUUUCUUUUUCUACACCUACUCCCCCUGGGCCUAGGAUUUUUUGUGUGGUCUGCUUUCCUUUCACUUAAAAUGUUAACAGGUAUGUCUUACUUAGAUUGCAACAAAAUGCCAGCAAAUAGAUUAAAUGCCGAUAAAGAUCAGGCUGCCUCUUCGAGGCACUGAAGGCUCAAGCCUGGGAUUUCAGGGGACUUAGUAACAGACUGUUAAUACCCUCCCCCCCAGAAGAGCUUGAAGUUGUACCAGUGUUGCUAAGUGUUAAAAUAGCAUCUCAUUUAGGAGAUGAGAUGGCACAGGCCAGAUUGGUUGUCUUAAUUAACAUUUCAGGGUUAGGCUUAGAAGCAAAAUGAGAUUUUUUAACACAGCAGUCUUCACACUCCUUUGUUUCCCACUUAGUAUCCUGAUGUUAGUGGGACGCGGGUGGCACUGUGGUUUAAAACACAGAGCCUAGGACUUGCCGAUCAAAAGGUCGGCAGUUCGAAUCCCCGCAAUGGAGUGAGCUCCUGUUGCUCGGUCCCAACUCCUGCCCACCUAGCAGUUUGAAAGCACGCCAAGUGCAAGUAGAUAGAUAGGUACCGCUCCGGUGGGAAGGUAAACAGCGUUUCCAUGCUCUGGUUCGCCAGAAGCGGCUUAGUCAUGCUGGCCACAUGACCUGGAAGCUGUAUGCCAGCUCCCUCGGCCAGUAAAGCGAGAUGAGCGCCGCAACCCCAGAGUCGUCCGUGACUGAACCUACCAGUCAGGGGUACCGUUACCUUUAUUCUGGUGUUAAUAGUUUGUUUUAGUUAAGGUUUGAACACAGGCGCAAGCAAACCUGGAGUGUAGUGCACUGGUCCUCACUUAUUUUUCUUGUAGACUGUUUGAGAGUUCCUGAGGGUCUCAGUGGCCCACUUUGUAAAUGUUUUGAUUGUUUUACAAAUCAUUUUUUUUGUAAAAUCUUUUUAUUAUUUUUUUCAAAAAGAUAAUGAAAUAAAGAUAAAAAACCCAAACCACUACCUAACAUUUAUACUUCUAAUUAAAAAUCCUACUAUUUUACAAACCUUCUUUUGAGGUUCUUUAAACCUCAAGACUUCCUUCCACCCCCUUCUACUGGUUCUUUACAUCUCACAUCAUUCUCUGCAUUUUGUUAUCAUUUUUAUCCACUUGUUACACCUUUACAUUCUCUAAUUCCUUACUAACAAGUGCUUAAUCUAAAUCUGCCAAUGUACCAACUUGUUUACAGUAUUUCUGCAUGUACGCAAUAAAUUCCCCCCAUUCUUUUUUAAACUUCUCAUUGUCAGAGUCUCUGAGUUUUGCCCUCAGUUUUGCCAUUUCUGCAUAGUCUAUAUGUUUUAUUUGCCAUUCUUCUAUUAUUGGCAGCUGUUGUUCUUUCCAUCUUUGGGGUAACAGGAUCCAGGCUGUUUUUGUGGCUAAAUGACUAAACAACAACAAAGUUCAGUUACCCGCUUGGCUGAGUGGAAUAAGAGCAUCAAGGAGUAAAAAUUCAUUGGAAAACGUCCCAUAAGACUUUGGCCAUAUCAUUUCCUCUCAGCCUAAUCUACCUAACAGGGCCGUUUUGAAGAUAAAGUUGGGUUGGGAGAGAACCUCGUAUUCCUGGGUGUGUGGGGAGAGGGAUCCCUUUUCAGUCUGAAGACCAUAUUUCAUCUGGCAACCUUCAGAGGGCCCCAAUGCUAGUGGUGACUGGGGCCAGAGACAAACAUGAAUUUUACUUUCAGUUUCUACAAACCCUCUCACACCCCUCUGUGUUCUUCCUCCAGACAAGUGAGAGGCAUUAUCAUAGUUCCCGGGCACACCCUAGCCAGGCGUGGUCUGGGGAGAGUUGCAAAAUGUGACAACCAUAAAACAAAAACCAUCUCCUGCUGAAAUAUUGUGGGUGAUGCUGCAACAACUUGAGAGCACUUCGUUUUAUUGAUGAUUACCUGUUGCCUCCUACUUCCCUGCCCAGCAAUGUGCUUGAAAGGCAGAAAUAGGCAAGAACAUGCUGAUCUGCAAGCUGGUUAGCUACAAAUAAUCACUGUGUCUUUUUGGAGAGAGAGAAUAAGAAAGCACAUUGGAACGUAAGAGUUUGAAAUGCUGCACAUAUAUUAACUCUCCAGUCUCAAGAAGCCAAGGAGUUCCUGGCUCACCACUAUAAUUUAAGCUAUUUAGCUGCACCAACUCCCCAGACAUAUUGAUGAAGGCAUUGAGCAUAAAAGUAAGAUGGCAUAUCCUUCCUUACGAACUGGAGAAUCGACUCAAGAUAACAAAGGAUAUGAUUCAGUGGAAGUUAAGCAGUUAAAUCAUGUUGAUUUCAGCUGGAAAGGAUAAUUUUCCUAUCUAUCACCUCAAAAUGCCCCAAAUUAGUUUUAGAACCUCUUCACUUCACUUUGUGGUAGGACACAGUCAAUGGAAUUGGCACAUUUCAUGAGUCUCAAUGAUUUCAGCAGAAGUUAGCUCUGACUCUCUUUUGCUGCACAUUAGAUCUUUUAAUUUAUCAUUUGGGUGUUUAUUAUUUCUUUUUUUAAAAUUGGUUGAGCAUUUGGCUUUGUAGCAUUUGGCUUGCAUUUUUAUUGCAUUUGAGAAUUGCUACGGCAGGUUUAUAAGGCUAUAAAUUUGAAUUAUACUGGUAAGCAUGUUUGAUGCCUGUUUUUCUGGUGUUGAUUUGUUUAUUUACCCAAUGUGGUAUAUAGAAGAUUUUAUAUAAGGGAAGCAGAUCACAAAGCUGGCUAUUUGAUAAAGGUUUUGAGAAAUCCACUUUCUCUAUCAUACAGACUCUGGAUCAUGAAAUAGGCUCUGAAAUACCCUGUAAAAUCAAAGGCUAUUUUGUUUAAUUCUUCUGCUUUGGGAAUCCUCUACUGCAUCAGCGCACUCUCUGAACCUGGUGCCCUCCAGAUGUUAUUGGAUUAAAACUUUGAUCAUCUCUGACCAUUGUCUAUACUGGUUGGGUCUGAUGGGAGUUGGAGUCCAAUAACAUUUGGAGAGCAACAGGUUUGGGAAGGCUGCUUUAGACACAGGCCAGGGCUGGCCACCCAGCAUCCCUUCAGAUACUGUUGGACUCCAACGCCCAUCAGUCCCAACGGUCAGAUUUGCUGAGAGUUGCAGUCAAGCAACAUCUUUAGGGCUCUUCUUACCUUUGUAUAGUAAGCUACAUUCUAGCCACGCAAAAGUCUGCAUGUACACACCCACAGCCACACACUCUUCCAUUCUCUCACUUGCUAAGCAGGUGGCGUGAUCACAGUUCAAUGACACAUUUCAGCCGGGCAAAAACACCUGGGUGUGUGGAGCAGGGCUGAUGAGGGGUGUGGCCUUAGGAGAAGAGCUUGGCCUUGGUAAAGUCCUACAGACUACACAUCCAGUGCCUGACAUUCUGCACCCCUGAAUUAUAGCCUUAAUUUCCACUAGGGAACUGAAUUCAAAAGUCUGUAGUACAUGAUUUUAUGAUGGGAAGAAGGUUCUCCCAGAGUCUAGUAACUACGUAAAGUUCAAAGGGCAAGAGUAGAAAGCAGCCUUGGAAGUGCAUUCGUGGGGGGGGGGAUAGAUUUUCAAAAAGAAUGCAUUCUUUGCCUGUAUUUGGUUGGGCGACAUUCAGUAGCAUGUAGAUACUUGGCUCCUCAGAGAACUGCAUAUUCAGUGUUCACAGUGGCUGAAAUGAAUCCUGCACAAAUGAGACAGGCCGCUUAAAUCUCAUUGAACUGAAUGGCUUGGGAGCAGCUUCUGUGUAGGAUUUCUGCCCAUGGAAGUUUACUAGAAAGAGGAGGUAGAGAUUCUUUGGAAGGGAACUGAGAUUUUGUCCGAGUACACAUCAGCCGCUUAAAAUGCAAUAAGGUUGUUUCUCGGCACAUUUGUAUUAUUUAUUUAUUUAUUUAUUUAUUUAUUAUUAUUUUUAAAAUAUUUUUAUUGAUUUUCCACAAAAAGGAUUAACAAAAUUUUUAAAGCAAUAUAAAAGAAAAAGGAGAAAAACAAAAGUACAGAAUACAAAAAUACAAAAGAAAAACAAAAAAUAGAAAAUAUAAAGCAUUACAUCUUAUCUUCCUCACAGUGUAAGUUGGGACCUCCUCGGGUUCCCGUCCCUGUGGUUCUUAUAUACAUUUCCAAGUAGCAAAUUCUACAUCCAAAUAAUCACCUUUUAAAAUACAUCUCUUUUUUCCCUUUUAAAUAACCUCUUCAAAUAUUCCACAGUUUUAUUUACCACUUAAUUUCUAAUCUAAAAUAUUACUUUAGCAUACUUUUUAAAAUACAAUUUAAAAUCUUUCCACUCUUCUUCCAUCGCUUGUUCUCCCUGGUUGCGGAUUCGUCCGGUCAUCUCAGCCAGUUCCAUGAAUUCCAUCAUCUUCAUCUGCCAUUCGUCAAUCGUUGGUAAUGUUUGCUGCUUCCUGUAUUUACCAAUCAAAAGCCUCGCUGCUGUGGUGGCAUACAUAAAAAAAGAUACCUUCUUCUUAGGGAUUUCCUUUCCUACAAUGCCCACUAGGAAUGCCUCUGGUUUCUUAACAAAUGUGCUUUUCAGCACUUUCUUAAGUUCAUUAUAAAUCUUAUUCCAGAAGUCAUUCACUAGUGGACAUGUCCACCACAUGUGGUAAAAUGAACCUAUUUCUUUCUUACAUUUCCAACAUUUGUUAUCAUGGUUGUGGUAUAUCUUUGCUAAUUUUACUGGUGUAAGAUACCAUCUAUACAUCAUCUUCAUUAUAUUCUCCUUUAAUAAACUACACGCAGUAAACUUAAUAUUCUCCUUCCACAACUUUUCCCAUUCCUCAAUCAUGAUGUUAUGUCCCACAUCCUUUGCCCACAAAAUCAUAGCAUUUUUUGUUUGUUCAUCUUUCGUAUGCCACUCUAGCAACAGUUUAUACAUUCUGGAAAGUGUUUUCGUCUUAGGUUCUAAUAGUUCUGUUUCCACCUUUGACUUCUCUGUUUGAAAACCAAUUACUCUAUCCAUUUUAAACACUUCAUUUAUCUGAUGAUAUUGGAGCCAAUAAUCUAAUUUACCUUUCAACUCCUCAUAUGUUUUUAACUUAAAUUGGUCUCCAUCUUCAAUCAAUAAAUCUCUAUAUUUCGGCCAACCGGUCUCCGUAUUUAACCUUUUACGAGCCUUGGCCUCCAAGGGUGAAAUCCAUUUAGGUGUUUUCCUUUCUAAUAAAUCUUUAUAUCUGGACCAAACCUUAUACAGUGAAUUUCUAAUUAUAUGCCUUUUAAAGCCUCUGUGGGCUUUCACUUUAUCAUACCAUACAUAUGCAUGCCAACCAUAUACAUUGUCAUAACCUUCUAAAUCCAAAAUAUCUGAAUUUUCCAGUGUAAACCACUCUUUCAACCAACAAAAGGCAGCUGCUUCAUAGUAAAUUUUAAAACCAGGCAGGGAGAAGCCUCCUCUUUGCUUAUCAUCUGUCAGUAUCUUAUAUUUAAUUCUUGGCUUCUUCCCUUGCCAUAUGAAUUUCGAUAGCACCUUUUGCCAUUCCUUAAAACAAUUCAGCUUUUCAAUUAUUGGCAGUGAUUGAAACAUAAACAACAUCUUUGGCAAUACAUUCAUCUUAACAGUUGCUAUACGGCCCAACAGAGACAAUUUCAAUUUGGUCCAAAUUUCUAAAUCUUUCUUAACUUCAUUCCAUAAUUUGACAUAAUUAUCUUUAAACAGAUUCAAGUUUUUAGAAGUCAUGUUAACACCAAGGUAUUUCACUUUCUUGACAAAAGAUAGACCAGUUGCUUCUUGUAAUUUUUCUCUCUCCUCAAUAUUCAAAUUUUUAUCUAAUACUUUGGUUUUUUAUUUGUUCAGUUUGAAGCCUGCUACCCUUCCAAACUCUUGAAUUACUUCCAGUGCCCUCUGUGCACUGGACUCUGGGUCCUGCAAAGUUAAUACCAAAUCAUCAGCAAAGGCUUUAAGUUUAUAUUGUUUCUUCCCUACAGUCACACCUCUUAUUUCAUCGUCUUUUCUAAUCCUAUCGAGCAAGACUUCCAGGACCGAUAUAAAAAGUAAAGGAGAGAGGGGACACCCUUGUCUUGUACCUUUUUCAAUUCUAAUUUCUUCUGACACCAUAUUAUUCACAAUUAUCUUAGCUUUUUGCUCGGAAUAGAUUGCCUUUACUCCAUUCAAAAAAUUCUUGCCCAUCCCCAUUUUUUCUAAAUUCCUUUUUAAAAACAACCAUGAAAUAUUGUCAAAAGCCUUCUCUGCAUCUAUAAACAUCAAAAUAGCUUUUUUGUUUAUUUUCUACUCCAGCAUUUCCAAAAUAUCCACUACAUUCCUAAUGUUAUCCUUCAUAUGCCUCCCCGGAAGGAAGCCAGCUUGAUCGUGGUGAAUAAAAUCUUUCAAAACCUUUUUCAAUCUGGAGGCUAGAAUGUUGGCAAAUAUUUUGUAAUCCACAUUAAGUAGGGAGAUUGGGCGAUAAUUUUUAACUUGCGAUCUAUCCGUGUCCGGUUUCGGUAUCAGCGUGAUGUAGGCCUCUUUCCAAGAUUCGGGAGCCUCUCCUCCGUUCAAGAUUUCAUUACAUAAGUCUUUCAAAGGUUGGACUAACCAGUCCUUCAUUGUCUUAUAAUAAGCAGCUGUAAGGCCAUCCGGUCCUGGGGUCUUGCCCGACUGCAUUUGUUGUAUCGCAUAUUCCACUUCUUGCAUUGAUAUCUGUUGGGAGAGUAGGGAUUUUUUUUCCUCUGGGAUUUCAUGCAGUCCGAAUUUAUCCAAGAACUGCUCCACCUCAUCUUUAUUUUGAUUUUCUUGCUUGUACAGUUGUUUAAAAUACUUUUGAAAGCAUUUUUGUAUCUCUGUCGGGUGCUCCAGAUGUUUCCCGUCUUGCACAAGAUUUGUGAUAGUAUUCAAUUUCUGCCUCUUUUUCAAUUGCCAUGCCAGUAAUUUUCCACAUUUAUUUGCUGAAUCAAAUGAUUUCUGUUUCAUCCAUUUAAUUUUUGAUUCAAUUUCUUGGUUCAUCAAUUGAGAAAAUUGGGUUUGCAAUGCCUUGAUUUCUUUCUGAACCUGUUGAUUCUUAGGAUUUCCUCUCAAUUUCCUUUCUUUUUCUUUCAUCUGGUUUAAAAUCCUUUCUUUAUUCGCAUUGCUUUCUUUUUUCUUUAUUGCAUUCUGUUGGAUUAGAAAUCCUCUCAUCACUGCUUUACUGGCAUCCCAAACAGUUUUUUUCUCAAUUGUGGUCCUCAGGUUUAUAUCAAAAUAGUCUUUCAAUGUUUUUUGGGCUUUCUCCACUAUUUUCUCGUUUCUUACUAAAGCAUCAUUCAUUCUCCAUCUGAAAGUUCCCUGAAGAGAUAUCUUUAAAUCCAAUAGUACAGCAUUAUGAUCGGAGCAAGUUCUUGGACAAAUUUCAACGUCAUUUAUUCUUGGUCCUAGCUCUCUUGUAAUCCAUAUGUAGUCGAGGCGACUCCACAAUUGUUUGGAAUUUGAGAAAAAAGUUUGGUCUUUUUCCAAUGGAUUUUUCAAUCUCCAAGUGUCAAUCAGAUCAAAAUUUUUGAUCAGUUCGAAGAAAGACUUCGGCAGUCUUCCUUCGUUGGUACAAGUCUGUCUUUGUGAUCUGUCCAUUAGCGUAGAGACCACUCCAUUCAAGUCUCCCAUCAAGCACAGUUUAUAAUCCAAAUAGUCCAAGAGUUUAUCAUGUAGCUUCUUGAAAAAUUCCGAUUUUCCUUUAUUUGGUGCAUAAAUUCCCAGAAUUAAGAUUUUUUCGCCUUGCGAUGAUAUUUCCACUGCAACGUAUCUUCCUUCUUCAUCCUUGAAUAUUAAUUUCGGCUUUAAUUUCUCUUUAACAUAGAGCACCACUCCCCGCUUCUUAACAUCAUCUGAAUAGAUGAAUUCUUCACCCAAUUUCUUAUUAUGCAAAAGUCUUUGAUGAGCUCUUGUGACAUGUGUUUCCUGGAGGCAUAUUAUGUCUAAUCUUUGUUUUGCUAGGAUAUGGUGUACUUGAUUCCUUUUCCGUUUCGAAUUCAAUCCAUUGGAAUUCCAUGACAAAAUCCUCAGUGACAUCUUAAAUUGCAGCCGCCGCACCUGCUCCCAAAAAAGAAUCUGAGUCUAGCUCAAUUGUUUGUCCUGGUUGGCCUGGAGUGGAGGUUGAGAGGCCGGGUCUUAAAAACUCUCUCUCGUGGUUCUGGAGAAAUUCCUUCUUCUGUUGCACUGACUUGAUCUUAAUCUUCUUCUGUUGGAAUUGGAAAUUCAGGCCCUCCAGAAAUUCCCACUUAUAAUUAAUUCCGUGUCUCUUCAGGAUGGCUACCAGAUCAGAGUAUUGAGGUCUCAGGUCCAAAAUAUUAUUAUUAUUAAUAAUACCCCGCCCCUCUGGCUGGGUUUCCCCAGUCACUCUGGGUGGCUUCCAAUAAAAUAUUAAAAAUACAAUAAAACAUCAAACAUUUAAAACCUCCCUAAACAGUGCUGCCUUCAGAUGUCUUCUAAAAGUCAGAUAGUUCUUUAUUUUUCUAUAUUUCUAUAUUUCUUUCUUUUCUAGGAGGAGUUUUUCACUUCACCCAGUCAGCAUGCAGAGUAGAUUUUGAAGCAAGGCUAACACCCUUUACAGGACCCUGCAAAUCAAAAAUGUGGACGCAAGAAAACAGUGUCCUUCAGCAGCAUGCCAUCGGAAAAGAAAAUAAGCAGCGCCAACGACUGCAUCAGCUUCAUGCAGGCUGGUUGUGAACUGAAGAAAGUCCGGCCAAACUCCCGUAUUUAUAAUCGUUUUUUUACCCUGGACACUGACUCACAAGUGCUUCGCUGGGAACCAUCUAAGAAAGAUCCUGACAAGGCCAUACUUGAAAUUUCCGCUGUGAAAGAGGUCCGGUUAGGGAAAAACACAGAAACAUUCAGAAACAAUGGGCUAGCAGAUCAAAUUUCCGAAGACUGUGCCUUCUCUAUAAUUCAUGGGGAGAAUUAUGAGUCACUGGACCUUGUUGCCAAUUCAGCAGACGUGACCAACAUUUGGGUGUCGGGUUUGAGGUACCUGGUUUCCCGUGCCAAACAGUGCCUGGAUUUGAUAGAAGGUAGCCAGGAUACUCCACGUUUUGCAUGGCUAAAGUCUGUGUUUGAAGCCGCGGAUGUCGAUGGUAAUGGGAUCAUGUUGGAAGACACAGCUGUAGAAUUAAUAAAGCGGCUGAACCCUGCCUUAAAGGAGUCAAAGAUCAGGUUAAAAUUUAAGGAAAUCCAGAGAAGCAAAGAGAAGCUAACGACCCGUGUAACAAAAGAGGAAUUUUGCGAAGCAUACAUUGAGCUUUGCACUAGACCCGAAGUUUAUUUUUUGCUGGUGCAAAUAUCUAAAAACAAAGAAUACUUAGAUGCCAACGAUCUCAUGCUUUUUUUAGAAGCUGAGCAAGGGCUGGCACAAGCAACGGAAGAAAUGUGUCUUGAUAUUAUUCAAAGGUAUGAAUUUUCGGAGGAAGGGCGGUUGCAGGGUUUUCUGGCAAUUGAUGGAUUUACUCAGUAUUUGCUGUCCCUGGAAUGUGAUAUUUUUGAUCCUGCACAUAAAAAUGUUGUCCAAGAUAUGACCCAGCCUUUAUCACAUUACUAUAUUAAUUCAUCUCACAAUACUUACCUAAUAGAAGACCAGGUGCGAGGGCCAGCUGAUAUUAAUGGUUAUGUCAGGGCACUGAAGAUGAGCUGUCGAUGUAUUGAACUGGAUGUGUGUGAUGGUCCAGAUAAGGAGCCCAUCAUCUGCAAUCGUAACAGCAUGACGUCACCUCUACCUUUUCAAUGUGUCAUUGAGGUGAUCAACAAAUUUGCCUUUGUUUCAUCGCAGUACCCUCUUAUUCUUUGCUUGGGAAACUACUGCUCCAUACAGCAGCAGAAGGUUAUGGUUGAACAGAUGAAGAAGAUUUUUAGAAACAGGCUCUAUAACGAUAUGCCACUGCAGUCAGAAGCAUACCUCCCAUCUCCAGAGAAACUGAAAAUGAAGAUUAUCAUCAAAGGGAAGAAGCUGCCUGAAAAUGAGGAUUUAUUAGAGGGAGAAGUCAGUGAUGAAGAUGAAGAAGCUGAAAUAUCUCGAAGAAUAUCUGAAGGGUCGGUGGAGGCGCCCAAGAUGACUUGGUUAUGCAAGGAGCUGUCUGACCUGGUGUCUAUAUGCAGAGCUGUCAGAUUCAAAAAUUUUGAGCACUCAAUGAAAAGUCAGAAUUACUGGGAAAUCUGUUCCUUUAGUGAAGCAGAGGCUAGCAGAAUUGCAAAUGAGUGCCCGGAGAACUUUGUAAAUUACAAUAAGAAAUUUCUGUCUCGAAUAUACCCUAGUGCCAUGAGAAUAGAUUCCAGUAACUUAAAUCCGCAGGAUUUUUGGAACUGUGGUUGCCAGAUAGUGGCCAUGAAUUAUCAAACACCAGGGCCGAUGAUGGAUUUACAUACAGGUUGGUUUCUACAAAACGGAGGAUGCGGUUAUGUUCUUAGACCUUCUGUUAUGCGAGAAGAAGUUUCGUAUUUCAGUGCGAAUACAAAGGGCAUAGUUCCAGGGGCCUCUCCUCAAGUUCUGCAUGUCAAAAUCAUCAGUGGGCAGAAUUUUCCAAAGCCAAAAGGAGCCUGCGCCAAGGGGGAUGUCAUAGAUCCUUAUGUGUUCCUAGAAGUCCAUGGUAUUCCUGCAGACUGUACAGAACAGCGAACUAAAACCGUUCAGCAAAACAGUGAUAACCCCAUUUUUGAUGAGAGCUUUGAGUUUGAGAUAAACCUACCAGAGCUUGCAAUGGUCCGUUUUGUUGUGCUGGAUGAUGAUUACAUUGGAGAUGAGUUCAUAGGCCAAUGCGCUAUGCCCCUAGAAUGUAUACAGCCAGGCUAUCGGCACAUACCUUUGCGCUCCUUUGUUGGAGAACUUAUGGAGCAUGUUACGCUUUUUGUGCACAUUGCAAUAACUAACCGAAGUGGUGGAGGGAAGGCCCAUAAACGCAGCCUGACUGAAAGAAUAGGGAUGAAAACAAGAGACUAUACCAUGCUGCGGAACACAAGUCUUAAGAUUGUAGAUGACAUCUUCAAACCAGCGAUACAUCCAUUAAGAGAAGCAACUGAUAUGCGGGAAAAUAUGCAGAAUGCAAUUGUGUCUCUUAAAGAGCUUUGUGGACUCCCACCAAUUACCAAUCUGAAGCAGUGCAUUUUGAUCUUGUCCUCACGCCUUAUGAACAGCGACAAUGUUCCCUCAGUGGCCCUCUGUAUGAAAGACAACUUCCCCUACCUAGAACCUUUGGGGACAUUGACGGAUGUGCAGAAGAAGGUUCUAGCGGCAUAUGACCUGAUGAUUCAAGAAAGCAGAUUCCUUAUAGAAACAUCAGAUGCUGUUUACGACAAGAUAGUUCAGUGCCAGAAAGCAGGAAUGGAACUGCACGAAGAGCUCCAUGACCUGGGAACAAAGGAAGGCUUGAAAGGAAGGAAGCUCAGCAAAGCCAUUGAGAGUUUUGCAUGGGAUAUCACUGUGUUAAAGGGACAAGGUGAUCUACUGAAGAACGCCAAGAACGAAGCCAUAGAGAACAUGAAGCAGGUCCAACUGGCUUGUUUGUCAUGUGGACUGAGCAGAACCGGGAUUGUGGAUGCCAAGUCCAAACGGUGCCUGGAGGCAAUAGAAGAAAAGGAGACUGGCGAUGAGAAUGGGAGGCUGUGAAAGAAGACCAUCGCUGUCUGGCAUGGCAUAUAUUUCAAUAGUCCGAAAUUAUUUUUUUAACACAUUUAAAAAGAAGAAAGAGAAAAGACCGCACUUGAUUGCCCUCUACCGGAUAUCAGAAGUAUUAAAAUACUCACAAUGCCAGUGUUUUAUUUGAGUUCAUUUAUCCAAGUUUAAACUCUUGAAGUAGUGAUAUUUCUAAUAAAUCCAAGCUCUGUGUGUGUGUGUGUGUGUGUGUGUGUGUGUGUGUGUUUGUGUGGGGAGAUCUAGUAAAUGCUCUGUCAUGAAGUUACAUAGUUAGCCCUUUUCCUUAUUUAUUUUGGCAUCUUUGAUCAGAGUUUUAUCCAGUGCUUUUUUUCUUUAAAAAAAAUGUUUAGGGGUACUCUCAUUUUCCUACUCGUAUUGAAAUACUGCUCCCUAAUGAGGAAUCUACUUACCAGUAGAUUCACAAAAUGUUUAGAGGUAUGCAUACCCCUGCAUACCCCCAGAAAAAAAGCACUGGUUUUAUCAUUCUGAAGAUCUUGGUGGAUAGAGAGAAUGCUAACACAUUAGUUUUAAUGCUUCUUUGUACCCUACUGUUGUUUUAGUGGCAGCUUCUAAUAAAAUGUGCUGUUCCAACUAUGUAAUACAGAUUUUACCAGCAGAAGAAAGCACACACAUGAACCUAAUCUUUUAUUGGCAUGGAUGAAUAAUGGAUUCCUCAGCAUAGUGGGAAUGAUAAAUAAUUAAUUUACCUGUUAAAUUUAGUUGAUGAAAUAUUAAACAAUCAGAAUUUUUUUUUGAUAGAUCUCAAUGGGACUUCUGAUGAACAUUCCACUAACUUUUUAUUUAUUUAUUUUGGCUAAUCAUGAUUUGAAAUGCACUCAUAUUAAUAGAAUAAAUUGGCCAUUUUGUUUCAUGCAAUGAAGCCAGGGUUAUAUUUCAGCUCUGCAAAAUUAGGGAUGGAGUAAUUUCCAAGCUUUGGUUAUGAAAUGUGAGAUAUCAAAUAUUCCUUAGACAUAAUAGAAUAUGAAGGUGCUUCUUAGUAACUCUGGAAUGUUUCCCAGCGUCAAUACCUGAAGGAAGUUUAUACAAAAUGUGAGCUUGAGAUAAAACUCAAAGAACGUAAUUCUGCUUACUUUAUUCCUGUGAACAAUCCCACAUAAAAUCAGAGCAAGGGCCAUUUCUCACGAUACAUGUCAAACAUAGGCCUGAAUUCAAAUGGAAGUUACACCUCUGGCUAGGAAUACAAGUAGAGGUAACAUCAUGGAAUGAUGCUACUCAGAAGGACUUGCUGAACUGCAGUUGCUCUGCUGUUCUCAAGCCUUUUCUCUCUAGCGCUAGUUGCGUGUGGGGUUAUUCUCUCAGUGUCUUUUCGUGGAGAGUUGUGAGAAUAAACUCACACAUUUAAUGUGAGAAGCGGGCCUAAGGCAAACACAUAAUAGCCUUAUUUUGCUAUGUCCAAUGAAAAUAGAGCUGGUGGAAGAGAGGGAUGAUCUGAUGAGAGCUGAGUGGUUGAAUGAAACUUUAACCUGACCAGCUAUUGAAAAAUCACAUGAUCAAACUUGCCAUGUUACUAUGUGGAGUGUUAUGCGCAUUGAUGUCAUUAUAUAAAUAAAUACACUAAUUUGCUGGGCUGUGACAAAUCUGACAGUGUGUCAACAGUGAUGCAUGAGUCACAUGACUAUGCCAACGCAAACAUGGCUCCUCCCCAGUCUACUCAAGUCACAUUUCCACUACGCCAGUGUGAUUCGGUGAACAUGAUGUGAAGAAAUUUGACAGAAGGCAUAGUAGCAGAAAUAAAUAGCUUGGGAAAUUUAAUGAUUGCCAGUGAUUCUCAACAUCAUGCUGAAACUGUUGUCUGCUAGGGUCCUGUCUCAUGGUGAAGCUGGAGGACAUAAGCAAACCAAAAACAAAAAUAGUCUUCAUUUUACCAUCCUUCAUAGUGUCUGGCUCAAACAUUCUUAAUGGUGUUCCUAUAUUUCAAUCUUUUCAGUGCUUCAGUAUGUAUCUGCAUUACCUCUAUUAGAAAGUAGUGUUCUAUUGAUAUAAGAGUCUAUAUUUAUUUAAGCAUUGCUUUUGUUUUGAAAAGCUUUUUAAAUUAAUUUGAUUAACAAAUGUGCUGAUUUUACUCAACAAAAAGGCCAAUUGUUGAAAUUUUGACAGUCUGAAAAUCUUGUAUGCAUUAAGUUAUUUUGUUUUAUUUUUCUGAUUCCUUAACACUAUUAUGUUCAUAUUGCACAUUUCUGAGAGAGUAAAGCUAUGGAAAAAAAUGACCCAUGUUUUAAGUCAAUUACUGCACACUGAUGAAAUACAUGUUCAGAAUUUCGCCUUCAAUAGCAUGUGAGCAGUAGGAAAAAUAUAUUAAUUUCACUUUAGAUCAAUCACUAAACAGAGAUACAUGGAAUAUUAUAAGGUUUAACAGACCUACUCAUAAAACUACACCACAAAUUGAGAACAAUUACUGAGAAUGCAUCAGCCCUGGCUUAGUCCUGGCAAACAUGCUGCCGGUUAACUGCUGGUUGAUAUGGUUAAAUCCAACUAAAGCAUCACUUGAUCUUUCUAAAUGAUGAAAUUAGAGCUCAUAUUUUUAUUGGGAGCAAAGUCUUCAGAGCUUUUCUGUCCUCACAUGGAGAUCUUUAAAGGUGGCAAAACGUCUCUCCAUCUUCCAGACGUGCUAGGAUUUAGUCAGGUCAGGACCAUUAUAUUCCGAUUGACAGUUUCAGAACGUGGCUGGGAUAAAGCUAUACAGUGGAACCUCGGUUUAUGAACACCUCGGUUUAUGAAUUUUCGGUUUAUGAACGCCGCGGACCCAUCUGGAACGGAUUAAUUCAUUUUCCAUUACUUUCAAUGGGAAAGUUUGCUUCAGUUUAUGAAGGCUUCAGUUUAUGAACAGACUUCCGGAACCAAUUACACCCAUGCUUCAGUUUAUGAACGCUUCAGUUUAAGUACUCCGCGGACCCGUCUGGAAUGGAUUAAUCCACUUUCCAUUACUUUCAAUGGGAAAGUUUGCUUCAGUUUAUGAACGCUUACUCCGCGGUCCGUCUGGAACGGAUUAAUUCACUUUCCAUUACUUUCAAUGGGAAAGUUCGCUUCAGUUUAUGAACGCUUCAGUUUAUGAACAGAUUUCCGGAACCAAUUGUGUUCAUAAACCGAGGUACCACUGUAUAGGGUAAUGCAGAGCCUUCCUCCUUUGCUAAGGAGUCCACAUGCCUGAGUUGGAUGUAAGCAGGACCCCAUAUGAUGGCAUGGUUUGCCUCCCAAGGGCUGCAGAGCUCUGCACAGGGAGGUAAAAGAACCAAGAGAAGUGAGAACUGCAAUUGCUACUGCUCUUCACUGUAGGGAACAAGCCCGAGAGCUGAACUUGGUGGCUGUAACAAUUCUAGG